AUGUAUGGGCCCUUUGAUGAAAAUAUUUUAAAAUCAUCAUUAUACCAUAUUAAUAAUCUAAGAUAUCUAACUAAUUCAUACAAAUUUGAUACUCUUCCACAACAAUCUGAUUUAGUACCAAAUGAAUAUGAGGGUGGCUUUAAAAUUUGGGAAUGUACUGAAGAUUUAUUAAUUUAUAGUGGAAAACUUGAUUUUAAAAAUAAAUCAGUUCUUGAUUUGGGUUGUGGGUCUGGCCUUUUGGGUAUAAAUGCUUUAAUGGAAGGUGCCAAAAAUAUAUGCUUUCAAGAUUUCAAUCAUGAUGUUAUGUUAAAUUUUACAAUUCCUAAUGUUUGGAUUAAUUUCUUUAAUCUUUACAAUAAUGUUGAUUUUGCAAAUCCAGAUUUUAUUUUGAAUGAAAUGAAUGAUAGAUGUAAUUUUGUUUAUGGUGAUUGGGGCCAAAUUAUCCAUAUGGAUUUAAUCCCAAUGAAAUAUGAUUAUAUACUGACAUCUGAAACAAUUUAUAAUCUUGACAAUUUUACCAAAUUACAUGACAUGUUUAAACAUUAUAUUAAGAGCGAUGGAAAAAUUUACAUAGCAGCUAAAUCCCAUUAUUUUGGUGUUGGUGGGAGUGUUCAUUUAUUCCUGAAAAUGCUCACAGAAUUUAAAUUAAACAAGAAAAACAAUUUUAUAUAUAAUAUUUGUUAUAAUAAUGAUGAAGGCAUAGUUCCCAGACAAAUAAUUGAAUUGUCAAUCCCCUCUAUCGAAUAAAUAAAUAUACUAAAUACAUAUUUUAAUAUUAAAAACUCAUUAUUUUGUUGUCUAAUUAAAAUACUAUUUAAUAUUCUUACCAAA